AUGUCUGAAGAAAAACCUCAAGAGUGCGCGGAGGAGCCGGAGCCGGAGGAGCCCAAAGCUAAGCCCGCCCCAGAGAAGACCAGCGACUACUACCGCGUUAGCGAGAAACUUCCAGUCAGGUUCAACAACCCGGGGUGGUUUCAUGGCUACGGCACCAACGAAGCUGUUUCCAUGUACAGGACCAGUAACCAAACCUACGGGAGCAGAGCCCCCACGGUGCAUGAGAUGCCGAAAGUAUUUUAUCCAUCUUCAAAUAAGUUUUCCAGACAUCACGCAGCUUUUGGAAUGUUCCGGAGUCAUAAUAUUAAUGUCACCCUGGAGAAGAGCAUCGUGACUGGGCCCGACAAUCACAUCACCCACUAUGACCGCUUGAACUUUCACCCCAGUUACAAUGUCAACAGGCCAUCCAUCUGUGAAUAAGGGAGCUUCGUUCCUGCCCUCGGGGCUCUCCUGACUCAGGGCUGCUUUAGGGAGCACAGAUGCCCCUGAUCCUUGAACAGGUGCCCUAUUCUAAAGGCUUGUAUCUCACUGCCUUCUCAGAAAACACUUUUCCUUUCCGGAGGAGAAAAAAAUGUGCAAAUAGAGCCAUAAUAUCUUGUGUUCCGUAUUUCACACAGGAAA